CCUCAAUGAAGAAUGGAAGAAGCUCCGUGUCCAACCUGUGCAGUUGAUGAAGCCCGUGAGUGGGCAUCCUUUUCUCAAAAAGGAUGUUCAGAGGCCUUUUGCUAUUGUGGACAGCCAAGGAGACCAGCUCUUUUAAACUGAAAUCAACACCAGCUGAAUGUGAGAGGCACAGUGCUGGAGUUUGUAGACACCACAAAGAUAAGAGUUCCUGCUUUGCAGAGGUUUAUAGUCCAGUGGAUUUAUAGUCCAGGAGCUGAUUGUUACAAAGCUUUCAGCCUCUUGUAAGAAUUAGAGUACUCCUGUGAUCAGUUCAGAAGGAAACUGCAGUUCUCUCUUGGGUCGUGGCUUGCCUUUCCCUCUCCAUGUCUUUGCUUAUAUUUCAGUGUACCAUAGAGAGCAUUUUCCCAGGAUUUGCAAGCCAACAUAUGCUAAUGAGGUCACUGAACACAGUUGCAUUGGUUCCCAUCAUGUAUUCCUGGUCCCCUCUCCAGCAGAACUUUAUGGUAGAAGAUGAGACCGUUUUGUGCAAUAUUCCCUACAUGGGAGAUGAGGUGAAAGAAGAGGAUGAGACUUUCAUUGAGGAGCUGAUCAAUAACUACGAUGGGAAAGUCCAUGGUGAAGAAGAGAUGAUCCCCGGAUCUGUCCUGAUUAGUGAUGCAGUUUUCCUGGAGUUGGUAGAUGCUCUGAAUCAGUAUUCCGAUGAGGAGGAGGAAGGGCACAAUGACACCUCAGAUGGAAAGCAAGAUGACAGCAAAGAAGACCUGCCAGUAACAAGAAAGAGAAAAAGACACACUCUUGAAGGCAACAAAAAGAGUUCCAAGAAACAGUUCCCAAAUGACAUGAUCUUCAGUGCAAUUGCCUCGAUGUUCCCUGAGAAUGGUGUUCCAGAUGACAUGAAGGAGAGGUAUCGAGAGCUAACGGAGAUGUCAGACCCCAAUGCACUUCCCCCUCAGUGCACACCCAACAUUGAUGGCCCCAACGCCAAGUCCGUGCAGCGGGAGCAGUCUCUGCACUCCUUCCACACACUGUUUUGUCGACGCUGCUUCAAAUAUGACUGCUUCCUUCACCCUUUUCACGCCACCCCUAAUGUAUAUAAACGCAAGAACAAAGAGAUCAAGAUUGAACCAGAACCAUGUGGCACAGAUUGCUUCCUUUUGCUGGAAGGGGCAAAGGAGUACGCCAUGCUUCACAACCCUCGCUCCAAGUGUUCCGGUCGCCGCCGGCGAAGGCACCACAUGGUCAGUGCUUCCUGCUCCAACACUUCAGCCUCUGCUGUGGCUGAGACUAAAGAAGGGGACAGUGACAGGGAUACAGGCAAUGACUGGGCCUCCAGUUCUUCAGAGGCCAACUCUCGCUGUCAGACCCCCACGAAGCAGAAGGCUAGUCCGGCCCCACCUCAGCUCUGUGUAGUAGAGGCACCCUCGGAGCCUGUGGAAUGGACUGGGGCUGAGGAAUCCCUUUUUCGAGUCUUCCAUGGCACCUACUUCAACAACUUCUGCUCAAUAGCCAGACUUCUGGGCACUAAGACGUGCAAGCAGGUCUUUCAGUUUGCAGUCAAAGAAUCACUUAUCCUGAAGCUGCCAACAGAUGAGCUCAUGAACCCGUCGCAGAAGAAGAAAAGAAAGCACAGGUUGUGGGCUGCACACUGCAGGAAAAUUCAGCUGAAGAAAGAUAACUCCUCCACACAAGUGUACAACUACCAGCCCUGCGACCAUCCAGACCGCCCCUGUGACAGCACCUGCCCCUGCAUCAUGACACAGAAUUUCUGUGAGAAGUUCUGCCAGUGCAACCCGGACUGUCAGAAUCGCUUCCCUGGCUGUCGCUGUAAGACCCAGUGCAACACCAAGCAGUGUCCCUGCUACCUGGCAGUGCGAGAGUGCGACCCCGACCUGUGCCUCACCUGUGGGGCCUCCGAGCACUGGGACUGCAAGGUGGUUUCCUGCAAAAACUGCAGCAUCCAGCGAGGCCUCAAGAAGCACCUGCUGCUGGCCCCCUCAGAUGUGGCCGGAUGGGGCACCUUCAUUAAGGAGUCUGUGCAAAAGAACGAAUUCAUUUCUGAAUACUGUGGUGAGCUGAUCUCUCAGGAUGAGGCUGAUCGACGGGGGAAGGUCUAUGACAAAUACAUGUCCAGCUUCCUCUUCAACCUCAACAAUGAUUUUGUAGUAGAUGCUACCCGGAAAGGAAACAAAAUUCGAUUUGCAAACCAUUCAGUGAACCCCAACUGUUAUGCCAAAGUGGUCAUGGUGAAUGGGGAUCAUCGCAUUGGGAUCUUUGCUAAAAGGGCAAUUCAAGCUGGUGAAGAGCUCUUCUUUGAUUACAGGUACAGCCAAGCUGAUGCUCUCAAGUACGUGGGGAUUGAGAGGGAAACUGAUGUCCUUUAGCCCUCCUGGGCCCCACGCCAGCGCCUAUGGUAGCAGCACUGUCUUUGCUUCAUGCACACACCACCGCUGCUCGAGUUUCCUGCACUACGUGUCUCCCACACCGAGAAUCCCCCACCCAUUCCCUCUGCAGCGAGGCCUCGGCUGUGUCCGGUGGGAACAAGCUGUCUCAGUGAGAGGGGAGACAGAGGCAGCUAGGGCUUGGGCCCCCAGAAGAGAGAGGUGCAGAAAUGCGAGACCGAGUCUUAGGCCUCAGAGGAAGAGAGCGCAGGCUGGGGGUGGGUGGCUCAGCGCGGUUUCUUGUCUGCUGUGUAGGCUGUGAGCCUCGGCAGUCAACCUGGGAAGUUCCUCACAAGCAUUGUCCUGUAAUUCUAACUUUCCAAGUCAAGGGUCCUUGUGUAAUUUGGUUGCCGGCACCUCUCUCUGGUCACAGGACCUGGAGAGGACUAGCUAAAUGAAGUUUGGUACCUGGAACUUACGAGCGGCCUGGGUCAAAGGCAAGCCUGGCGGUGGUACAGACUGACUUCAGAUGGGGAGACGGUCACCUAAACUACCUGCUCCCUCCGGGCAGAGUUCAAGUUCAGAGUGUGAGUCCUGAGGAUAGGUCUUCAGCACUGGGAGAAGGACAGCUAAGUGCCGUUCUUCCAUAGAGAGCCAGAGCCAUCCUGAUGACCCGAGUUAAACUGCUAAGCUUGGGGCCCUCUAGGCUCUGAGAAGCCUUCUCCAUACUCUGGAGAUGGGUGGAUACAUUUUCAGAUUCCUGAAAGCAGGUGCCAGGGUGCAGCCAGCUGCCUCCAGAGCUGCGGCUUGGUGACUGCAGGCAGGCGGCGUGCUGCUCCUGAAGAGGCAUGGCGGGGUGUGCAGGGCUGGCUGUGAACACUCUGGUUCCAGGCUGUGGAGUUGUUUUCAGGCCUCUCGUUCCCCUUAGAGCCCACGCCCACAGGGCCUCUGUUGCUUCUGUCUUCUGGGGAGAUGGGCGAAGGCUUGGGCUGGAAAGGGGGAGGUUCGGAAGGUGAUUUAUUUUCCUGUCUGAUGCACCUGCUGUUGGAAAGGGUGAGUUGACAGAGUUUGGAAGUGGGUGAGGGGCUCCCAAGUUACAUGUGUUUAGGACGCCAUCGCGCUCGCCAUGUACACUGGUGGGGGGUAUUUGAAGUCUUGAGAAGUAGCAGGCCAACCCCCGUGCCUGUCCAUGCUGCCAUUCUCUCUGGGAGUCAUGAAGAGCCAAGCACUUUAUUUCUUUGAGGAGGUCUGCAGAUUGAGGUGGAGUUGAGCUGAGGUCUCUGGGGCCCCUGCCUAGAUCCCAUUCCUAAGGGGAGGGGAAGGCUAGGGGUUGGAAGAUUCCCCUCCAGUUCCCUCUCAGCUCCUGGAGGAGUAAGGAGGAGCCUCCUUGCCGCACAGGAUGUAAAUGAGCAUGGGGCCGACUCGGGGAGCUACCCCUGUGUCUACGGCUGCUGUGCUGAGCCGCUGGGGAAUAAGGGGCAUUGUGCUGGGUAAAAGGAUGUGCGCAGGGACAGGCUGGCCCAGGGAAUACUGGAGUAGGGAGCUGGUUUCUCUCCUCUAGGAAUCCCAAGCUUUUCUUUUCUAGUUUGUACUGACCACUCCUUUCCUCCAACCCCACUGGCUAUCCCAUGAAGCAAGGAGUGGGGUUCCCUCGGGCCAGACUGUCACAUAGGGAUUUUGGUGGGACAUGCACACACACUCACAUACCCUCACACACCACACUUAUGGGCACACGUACACUCAGCCCUCAGCACACACCCAGCUGGCUCCUGACAGAGGCUUCUUCCCACCUAACUGGCCAGCCCUGCCAUGAUUCUGAGAUCUCCAGAUGCAGUGGUUUGUGUUCGUUGUACUGGAGACGCUCUCUAGCUGGACUGUGGGCUCUGAAGUCCUCGUAAAGGACAGGGAAAAACCAGAGACAAAUGAAGGAGGAGUUAGGUCUGUCUGAAAUGGAGCUGGCUGUGGGGAAAGAUGGGCAGCAAGUGACAUCCAGCCAUUGAGAGGCAAGACUGACCCCACUCUUCCCUCAGUGUGCGGAAUCCCCUCCUUGCCAGUUUCAGACCACUGGGACUCCUGUUCCACCAGCAUUCCCAUCCUUCUCCCCUCGCUGCCCCCCACGCCCACACCUUAAAUGACGGGUCUCAACCCCUCCCCCCAGACCAUGGAAUGACGGAUGGAGCAAGGUGGUGGGGACUGGGGGAGGCUGGUAUAUGUGCGGCUUUAUUGCCAGUGAAUCUCACGCACUUUAAAGUCCUGUGGCUUGUGACCUCUUAUCUGAAUAAAGUGGUAGGAUCCAUUUUG